AUGGAUCACACACAGGCUGGCCUGAUGGCUCCUGCUUUCCCGUCCUUCCUGCCCGGCCUGCCUGCUUGCCAUGCCUGCCCGCUGGGGGGGCAGCUCACCAGGGCCACCCCAGGACAAGGGAGGAAGGAACGAUCACCACCACCAUAUGUUGUUCGCCCCUGUCGGAUGGUACCAGACGGCGUCCGAUACUCCAUCCUAGGGUCGGCUCGGCCUGCUGCAUCAUUUCCCUUCGCCGGACAGGAUGAGCGAGGUUUCCACGGAGCCCCGGACGCUCAGCAGCGCCAGCCCAGCCCAGCACAGGCCACAAUGCGACUUGACCAGGGGGGGCGCGAAAACCACCACCAGGCUCUCUCGCUCUCUCUGUCUCUCUCCAGCCGGCCGGUGUGUGUCGCCGCUCCACCGUGAGGGUGUGUGGGCAGCGAAACAGGGCCCGACCUCGGUGCGCUCCAGACGCUCAAUCAAUAAUCAAUCAAUCGGUCGCCGCUAUCACACCAACAAGCGUGCAGCUUCAGUCGCCAGCCCAUCGCCAGGCCCCCGCCUCGUGGUCUUGCCAUGGCCGCCUCCCAUCGGCGCCGUCGUGGUAGUUUAGAUCUCUGUCGUCCACAUCGACGCCCGCCCUGAGGUACAUUGCAUCGCUGGUGGACGCGCCUAUCUAGGUAUAGCUUCGGGUAGAGGGGGUAGUUCCAUAGGUAGGAACGUACCAACCCAGGUGCUGGCUGACCUGGGCGGCUUGCCGGCUAGCAAGUUAAGCUCUCCAUGAUCCGGCUUUUUCCUCGAGCUACGGAUCGACCUCUCUUUCUCUGCCAUAUGACAUGCCGUUCUUUGCUUCGCAGUUCCUCCACACACUCUGGCGAACGACAGCUCGUCCACCCCCACCAGACAAGAAAAAAAAAAUAUGAAAAAUUCAAAAGGAAUCCACCUCGUGCUCUGUCACCUCCAGCGGUCGUCCUGACCCUAAAAUCCGACAGCACCCAACCCUUACUAACCCGUG